UGUGCCGCCGUGAAGGCCGCGCCGCCGGCCGCGGGGAGGGGCCGAGCCAUGGCGACCGCGGAUCCCGGCGUGCGCGGGGCGCGGCCGUCGGUGCCCGGAGCCCGGCCUGGCGGGGUCCCGGCGCGCGCUGCGGGAGCGGCGGGGCCGGCCCUCGGACGGAGCGGACCCCUGCGUUCGGGAGAGCGCACUCCCGCCGCCGUGGAGAAGCGAGGGCCCUACAUGGUGACGCGCGCGCCUUCCCUUCAGGCCAAGCUGCAGAAGCACCGGGACCUGGCCAAGGCCGUACUGCGGCGGAAAGGCGUCCUGGGGGCCCCGGCGGGACGGCCCGACUCUGCAGGGAGAAGGCCCGUGAAGUUUAACAAGGGCUACACGGCUCUGAGCCAGUGUCCGGAUGAAAACCUGGUGUCCCUGGACUCGGACAGCGACGGGGAGCUGGGAUCCAGAUGCUCAUCCGGGUACUCCUCCUCAGAGCAGGUGAACCAGGACGUGAGCCGGCAGCUGCUCCAGGAUGGCUACCACCUGGAUGAGAUUCCUGAUGACGAGGACUUAGACCUCAUUCCCCCGAAGCCCGUGGCCGCCUCGGCUUGCUCCUGCUGCUGGUGCUGUCCUGGGGACUCUGCCUGCACCCUCCAGUAGGCGUGACCCUCCCUGGGACCCCUGCCCACAGCCUGUGACAGGGCCACUGCCACCUGGCAGCUUCGGAGUUGCUGACCUAUGCUGGCCCCUCCCUGGUACCUCUCAGUCCAGAAGGCCUGUGGGGGCCACGGAGGGGCAGGUGGAGUUCAAGAUCAGGCCUCCGAGAAGCCACUGAGGACGGAAGCUUCUGAGGAAAGCACUACAGACCUCUUGACUGGCUUCAACACGACAAGCUCAGGGAGGGCGAAGGAAGGUGGCCAGGCCCGGAGUGCUGUGU